AGGCGGUGGUGUCUCCUUCUUCUCCGGCGGCCACUUGAAGCAGAAACAGAGGGAUCAGCAUCAGCAUCCGGAGCCGAUCCUGCACCCGAUCCCGCCUCCAGUGGCGCUCCCCAUCGUCUCCUCCCCCUCCUCCUCCUCCGCCAUGGAUGCGUCGGCGGACGACCCCAGCAAGAAGAUCCGGAAACCCUACACCAUCACCAAGUCGCGGGAGAGCUGGACCGAGCCCGAGCACGACAAGUUCCUCGAAGCGCUUCAGCUUUUUGAUCGCGACUGGAAAAAGAUAGGAGCAUUUAUUGGCUCAAAGUCUGUAAUACAGAUCAGAAGCCAUGCACAAAAGUACUUUUUGAAGGUUCAAAAGAAUGGCACGAGUGAACAUUUGCCGCCUCCCCGGCCAAAGCGGAAAGCAUCACAUCCUUAUCCGCAGAAAGCCUCCAAAAAUGCUCCCCAAAUUUCUCAAACUACUGUACCACCUCGUGCUGCUGUUCUCUCUUCGGAUUCAUCUUCUAUUGUUAGGAAUUCAAACACGAACAUUCCAGCCUCUUCUUGCGCUAAUACUUCUGUUCAGCCUGCCAGUGCGACUCAUGUGGCAAAAGGGGAUACUGGUAAUAUUGUGGCAAAUAAUUAUAGUAGCAGCAACGAGAGCCCUUCUAGAACUUGUCCGACUUCUGAGACAACAAGUGAUCAAGAUAACCAAGAUCGGUCACAUCGUGUUAUGCCAGAUUUCGCAGAAGUAUACAACUUUCUUGGGAGCAUGUUUGACCCAACUGCAAGUGGCCAUUUUCAGAAGUUAAAAGACAUGGAUCCUAUUGAUGUAGAAACCGUAUUGUUGUUAAUGAGGAACUUAUCCGUCAACCUGACUAGUCCUGAUUUUGAGGCACAUAGGCAUUUACUAUCGAAGUAUGGUGUCGACUCUGAGGAAGCUAAAUCUAGUAGCACAGACAACCCGCUUCAAGCUGGUGGAAGUCUAAACACUUCAUGCAUGGUUAAAGGUGAAUAAACGACGCCCAGGAUUGCACGGUCCUAAGCAGACGCUUAUUAAGUCAGUCACGCGAAUGGCUGCGUAAAUAGUUACAAGCUUUCAUUAUCGGUGAUUUCUGAAUAAUAUGAUCGAGUUCCAAUUCUCUUCGAUAAUGCGUAAUUGUGAAGCUCUUAUAACUUGAUCAUGUACAUACAUAACAACUCUCCAGGUUAUUUCCAGCUUCUAUUCGAUGAUUGCCAAGGGAUCAAAAAAAAAAAAAGCCGGUGGUAGAUCGGGUCACUAGAUCCUCUUCCUCUCUUUCUUUCUUUUUUUUUUUUGGAUUCAGUAUUCAUGUAUGGUUUGUAUAAUAGUUAUUUUUGGAUGUUGUAAGUUUCCCAUGUAAUAAUAAAUCAAUUAAAGUAAGUUUUUGGUGAGGCAAAUACACCAUCAGUAAACUUUUCA